CAUUAACAUCAGGAGCUGCAACGAUUCUCAUUCUUUAUCGGAAAUUCUUCAUUAAUAUGGAUUGAAGUCCUUUCCACUGAUCCAUAACAUAUUCAAACUUCUCUCAAGUCACCUUUAGGUCAAAAUGACUUCCAUACUUCCACCAAUUCCCCGAUUUGUGAUGACUGUCUUUGAGCCUAUUUCGCUCAUUGCUGGUGCUGUCGCUCCUUUCAUCAGUCCAGAGUGGUUCGUUGCUGAGCAGAUUCCCGGAAACCCAACUCAGCCUAUCACAACUCAGACAGCGAUGGUGGCGUAUCAACUUGGUAACAUCUAUCUGCUGCUAGCAAUGGUAGGCAUUGCAGUCCUUUACACAACUACCGAGCCAAGAGUAGUCCGUAACUACGUUAUUGCCUUAUGGCUUGCGGAUAUUGGUCACGUAGCGGUUACAUGUUGGGUCAUGGACUAUGAUAAACUCAUUGACAUCAUGAACUGGAAUCCCUUGACAUGGGGAAACAUUGGUGCCACAGUGGGCUUAUUCUCUGUUCGUACUGCCUACUUGUUUGGACUUUUCGGACCGGACAUCAAGUCUGCUUCAAAGUUGCAAUAAGUUGGAAGCAGUGGAGCUCUCUGAGGUUGACGUUCUUUUAUGAACCUAAUGCUGCUUUCCUAUUGUGCUUUACUGCGUGCCUCUGUUGAUUUUGAAAGGAUCUUAAUUCUGGGACUAUGUCAAAAGAUAUGGGAAACUGUUGUAUACAUAAAGUUUCAAAGCGUGGUCUGUGUGGCUUAUGGUAAUUCGUCUUGAAGC